CUUUCAGCAGACUUUACACGGAACCGUGAGCGUUGUAACGCAAAUAAAAGCCAAGAUUUCUCGUCGACCGAGACGGUGGUAGAAAGUGGUCAGCCAAUGAGCUGAGAACAGUUCCUACCGUCCGGUUUCCGAGACCGUAGCCACGGCAGAAGGCAUUGCUGGCGAACCCUGCUAGUCAGUAUUGCCAGAGUAAGUUUACCAAAGUGUUCCACCGAUGACAAAUCUCCGUGCACAACGAACUCAACGCUGAUACUCAUUCGGGAGCGAGACAGUGCUGUGAAAUAUCUCGAAAACCGUAAAAGAAUACCGCUCCCAUAAAUCCCACUCGUCGCUGCACCGCCUGCCGAACAAUGUUGCCACGGAGGAGGAAAUUGCUUCUUUACGCCGUCCUGGUCGUCUCAGUCUACGGACAAAAAAAUUCUAAAAAGGACGAAGAGAAGAAAGAUGAGGAAUUUACAUGCCCCGAAGGUCAAGGCAAUGGUAACUUUGCUGACCCUGCAACGUGUAGAAGGUUUUACCAGUGCGUCGAUGGAUACCCAUACCUAAACAGGUGUCCAUCAGGAUUACACUUUGACGAUAUUAGUAAAUUUUGCACGUUCAAAAAUGAAGCUCGAUGUGGGCCCAUCGCUACAACUCCGGCACCGGUAACGGAACCACCCACCGAUUUAGCAGAAAAAUGCGAUACAUCGGUCUGUCAAUUACCAUACUGCUUUUGCUCGAGAGACGGCACGAUAAUUCCUGGUGGUAUUCACCCAGAUGAAACACCUCAAAUGAUAAUAAUGACAUUCGACGGAGCGAUAAAUCAUAAUAACUUUGAUCAUUACCAAAAGAUAUUUGCCACUGACAGACUGAAUCCUAACAAUUGUCCGUUAAAAGGUACUUUCUUUAUUUCGCAUGAAUAUUGUAAUUACAAUAUGGUUCAAAGUUUAGCUCACGACGGACACGAAAUUGCUACCGAAACUAUAUCACUGCAAAAGGGUUUGGAAGAUAAAGGAUACGAAGAGUGGGUUGGAGAAAUGAUAGGAAUGCGAGAGAUACUUAAGCAUUUUAGCAACAUCACGAGAAGCGAAGUUGUCGGUAUGAGGGCACCGUACUUAAAACCAGGUCGGAACACCCAAUACAAAGUACUGGAAGACUUUGGAUACAUAUACGACAGCAGUAUUGGAAUUUCACCGUUAAAAGUACCAAUUUGGCCGUAUACUCUCGAUUACAAGAUUCCACAUGAAUGUAAAGCAGGAACAUGUCCCACUAAAUCAUUCCCAGGUGUAUGGGAAUUGCCAUUAAAUGCGCAUUACGUUGAAAGCUACGAAGGGGGACAUUGCCCUUAUCUGGAUCAAUGUGUACUUCACAAUCACGAUCCUGAAGAGGUCUUCGAAUGGUUACAAGAAGAUUUCAAUCGAUACUAUGAACAAAAUAGAGCGCCAUACAUGAUGCCUUUCCAUACAAAUUGGUUCCAAAUAAAGGAACUCGAACGAGGCCUAUCGAAAUUCCUUGAUUGGGCAGUGACAUUACCAGAUGUAUACUUUGUAACAGCUACUCAAGCACUUACAUGGAUGACUGAUCCAAAACCAAUCAAGUCUCUGAAUAAUUUUGAUGGAUGGUCAUGUAAAAAGAAAGAAAACAUUCCCGGACCACCGUGUAAUAAUCCAAAUAAAUGUGCUUUAGACUUCAAACCCGCAGAAUCUAAUUUUACUACUACUAGGUAUUUAGAAACAUGUAGGGAAUGCCCCAAUAAAUACCCAUGGUUAGGAGAUUCAAAAGGAACUGGACUCUACAAUGAUAACUAUAAUCCUGAAAAGAAAUAGAAACAUUUGUAAGCACGCUAGAACGAUGAUCAGGAAAAGUUCAACUAAUUCUCGUUUACCGCUGUUUAAAUGAAUAAUAUGUAUAAUUAAUCUGAACUUCUUUGACUUUAUCACACUUCAAAGUGGAAUCAAUAUAAAUUGAAAUAAUCGCGAAACUACCAAAAAAAUGUCAAAUAAAAUAUAAAAAUGCUCUGUUAACUUUGUUUUAUUUAUACUUUGUGUACUGCU